ACUUUAGCCUGUUGCUCAGAAUAGCUUCCCCUCCCAACCCGUUUACGUGCUCUGGAAUUCUCUUCGGUUACAUUUAGUAACUUGCUAUCAUUUCAAAAUGUCGAAUGUAAGAAUAAUAACAGACGACACACAGUUUAGUUCGGAAUUGACUAAUGCAGGAACUAGGCUAGUGAUCGCAGACUUUUUUGCUACAUGGUGUGGACCAUGUCGCCAAAUAGCCCCAAAAUUUGCAGAGUUCAGCGCAUCAUACUCAAAAGCCUUAUUCCUGAAAGUUGAUGUUGACCAAUGUCCGGAAACAGCUCAAGGUCAGGGUGUAACAGCAAUGCCUACUUUCAUCUUUUACCGCAACAAGGUAAAGAUAGACUCACUUCGUGGUGCAGACCCUGGUGCUUUGGAAGAAAAGAUUAGAAAGUGGUAUCAGGAAGAUGAAGAAGAAGGAGAAGGUGAUAUACCUGUAAAAGGGCAUAUGGACCUUUCAUCAUUUAUUAAUAAGUCACAAUGUGAAUGUCUCAAUGAAUCAGAUGAUCAUCCUCUUGCGCAUGCCUUUGCAGCGAAAGGUGGUUUCCUGGAGUCAGACUGUGAUGAACAGCUCAUCAUAAACAUAGGCUUCAAUCAGGCUGUGAAAAUCCACUCGAUGCGUUUGGAAGCUCCAGCUGACAAGGGCCCAAAGACAGUGAAAUUGUUUAUCAACCAGCCACACACGCUGGAUUUUGAUCAGGCAGAUGGCAUGGCACCAGUCCAACAAAUAGAUUUGACACCAGAAGACAUGAGGGAAGGAGCAGUUAUUCCACUUAAGUUUGUCAAGUUCCAGAAUGUCCAAAGCAUCACGCUGUUUGUGAAAGACAAUCAAGCAGGCUCAGAAAACACACAGAUUGAUUAUCUAACAUUUUUGGGCUCUCCAGUGUGCACAACAAACAUGCAAGAUUUUAAGCGGGUGGCUGGUAAGAAAGGAGAAAGUCACUGAGAUGCUGAUAUUACAAAUCAAAUGUUCUGAACAGUGCACGGUAUGUGUUGAGUGUAUGCUACAUCCAGAAAAUAACUGCUUCAAGAAGAGAUUGUAGGAAAGACCUUUCACAUAGCAAAGUCCAAGGUUUCUGUGAUGUCAGUCUGAACUGAAUAAUUCUAUAAACCAUGAUCAUAUACUUGUUGGACGAAAAACAAAUAUUUGAACUAAAGGCUGUUUAUAUUAAGCAUUCUGCAGCUUUUGAGAAUAUGUGAUCAUGAUAUAUGAACUUAACUGUUGAUGUUAAGAUGCCUGAUGGAUGCACAUUCUUCAGUUACAUAAUAAAAAUAAAAAAUCAAUAACAAGUGAAAAUA